AUGAAGUCAGUCUUUGCUCUUGGCGUCGGCCUGCUCUCCCUGGCAGCGGCGCUUCCAGCCACUCUGUCAGCCAGCAAGCCGCCGUCGGUGAACGGGACGAGGUUCACCAUCGACGGAGAGACGCGCUACUUUGCCGGCACGAACUCGUAUUGGAUCGGCUUCCUGACCAACAACAAAGACGUCGACUCGGUGCUGAGCAACAUCGCCUCGUCGGGCCUCAAGGUGCUGCGCGUGUGGGGGUUCAACGACGUGACGCGCAAGCCGGGCAGCGGCACCGUGUGGUACCAGCUAGUCUCGUCAUCGGGGUCGCAGAUCAACACGGGCGCCGACGGGCUGCAGCGGCUGGACUACGUGGUGCAGUCGGCCGAGAAGCGCGGCAUCAAGCUCAUCGUCAAUUUCGUCAACUAUUGGAACGACUACGGCGGCAUCGCGGCCUACGUGUCGGCGUUCGGCGGCACCAAGGAGAGCUGGUUCGCCAACGACAAGGCGCAGGCCCAGUACCGCAAGUACAUCGCCGCCGUCGUCGGCCGCUACGCCAGCUCGCCGGCCAUCUUCGCGUGGGAGCUCGCCAACGAGCCGCGCUGCAAGGGCUGCAGCACCGACGUCAUCUUCAAGUGGGCCUCGGACACGUCGGCCUACAUCCGCUCCCUCGACCCGGCCCACAUGAUCACGCUCGGCGACGAGGGCUUUGGGCUGCCCGGCGGCACCAGCUACCCCUACGGCACCAGCGAGGGCGUCGACUUUGUCAAGAAUCUGGGGGUCAAGGACCUCGACUUUGGCGUCUUCCACAUGUAUCCCGGCAGCUGGAGUGUUCCAAACAGCUUCGGCCCGGGCUGGGUCAAGGACCACGCCGCGGCCUGCAAGAAGGCCGGAAAGCCCUGCGUUCUCGAAGAGUACGGCGUCACGUCAGACCAGUGCAACGUGGAGAAGACGUGGCAGCAGGCGUCGCGUGCCGCCGACGGCAUGGCCGGCGACAUGUUCUGGCAGUGGGGCGACAAGCUGAGCAGCGGGCAGUCGCCCAACGACGGCAACACCAUCUACUACGGCUCCAGCACCGCCACGUGCCUCAUCACGGACAAUGUCAAGGCCAUCAACUCGAUGUACUUGGUUUGA